UAGAUGUCAUUGAGCGUGAUGGGAAACCAUAAUCAUCAGUUUUAUGUCGUCAAGAGUCGGCCUUGUCGUGAGGAACAUGAAAAAGAAGAGGCAGACAAGCAAUAUCAGUCUAUGAAUCUUGCUCGAUUUAGCAUCAACGAAGAUAUAGCCAAUCUGAAGUUAAAUGAACGUCAAAUAAACCAGAAAAUAAUGAAGUUUUCACAUCUUGAUAAACAACUAAAGUGGAAGAUUCAGAAAAUUAAGGAUCUUGAACUAGGAAUCAAGCAUUAUUUGCCAUUUAUGCUGGAACCAAGGACAACUGGUUUUUUUCAGUUGCCAGAAAAAGAUGCUCGAACAAUGAUACGACAGGGUUGUCAAAAAAGGCUGAUCAAGAACGGGAGGAUGGACAUGGAGCAUUUGCAACAAGUUGAAGAACAACUUUUAUGUUCAAAGAAAUCCAUUGGGAUAACAUCAUGUGGUACACAAGAACUAAACGAUAUGAUCAAGAGCAUGGUGCAAAGUAUACAACAUGGGAACAAAAAAUGUGCCAAUGAAAUUAAAAUCCAGCAAGAAAUAGGCAAAUUCAUGGAGACGGUCGACAACGCACCAGAACCCGAACCUUAUGAUGAUUGCCGGUGGAAAAGAAUGGUAAGGUUUGAGAGAAUAUGGAAGCGAAACAAGGAGCAUAGCAUAAAGAUUCGGUUGGAAGAACUUGAGCAAAUAAAAAGGAAAAUAAUUGGGCGUAAAGCUAAAGUUAAGCGACUUAAAGCUGAGUUGGAACAUGUGAGAAAGAACAUUAGUUCUUUAGAAAAGGAGAUUGAGAAUGUUAACACAAAGAGAAGUGAAGCCUAUAAACGUGGUUACGAGCUAGGAGAGCAAAAGAAAGAUUUGAGUUCAUCUUACACCGAGUAUCAGUCUCUCAUGAGACAUGCAAAAGAGCUUGCACAUAAAGGGGAUGUCGUGGGACUAAAACAAGCAUGCGAUACGCAGGUCGAAGAGUUCACGACUCAGUGGAACGAUAGCAAAGCAUUCAGGGAAGAUUACGAAAAAAGAAAGUUGGUAAGGUCGGGAGGAUUACUCGUUUCAAGAAUUCAUGUAAUGUGGAAGAGUUCAACACGCAUAAUAUUGUAAAACAGUUUCUUAGAAAUUAAACAGUAUAUUUGUGAUCAUAACUUCUAAAAGAUUUGCUA